UAAAAAUCGAGGCUAGCUGACGCGCCUCCACAAUGCGUGGCUGGUCUUCAGCAUCAGUCGUCGUUGAACCCUCGUCUCGCGAGCAGCUACGACCGUCCGGUAAAUCGAAAGCGUGAAAACAUCAGACGAAAUGGCUACCAUUACGAGGUUGUCGAUCAUAAAAUUGCUUGAGCUUGUCUUGGUGUGCAUCCUUAUCGGAUUGCACUACCACUCUUUCAAUGCGGGAGAUCAACCUACCGCGAUGAUAACUAUGGGCACCUUUGGGGGAUAUCUGAUUAUUCUGGUCGGCCUGUUUAUCGGCAGCGUGAUGGGAACACCAGUGAACCGCCGUGUGGAUCUCUUCUUCUCGCUCAUUGGAUGCGCCCUGUUCAUCGCCGCGGGCUCGCUCAACAUCGACUUCUUCCAGAAGAUGGGAUGGAAGUCCACGUUCCGCGAUACCGGCUUGGCUAAAGGUUCUCUCAGUAUUAUCGAGGGUAUAGUUUUUCUUGUAGACGCGUUCCUCACCUUUCGCGGGGAGAAUUGAGAUCUGAGUCGCUUUUAAGUUACAACGAGGGACUGCACGGUCGGCAAAUCAGUGUUAAUCACAUUCCGCGAUCAAACGGAAAAUCAUUUCUAAUCUGUAAGGGAUUGGAUACUGCCAAAGAGUUUCCCCACGAAGGGAAACUUUCUUUUCAGCCGGGUAGCCAGCCAAGUGUGGGCGGACGCGAGUCACACGCGCGGCGCGGCGUCGCGAAGUACCGCCGAUUUCUCUGAAUUAUGCGAAGCACGAGUUACGAAGCUUCGUGAAAUUCACGACUUGUGCCAUUUGUUUUGCACUUCGCGCGAAGUGUCCGUUUCAUCAAGAUCGAUCCACGUUUCUUUAACUCGUUCAACUUUUCAAAAUUUCGAUUUAAAACUUUUAGAAAUUUAACGAGAAUAUUUGUAUAAGAUACUUUUUCUCAUUAAUAAAGAAAAAUCUUGUAGACGGUAAUCACGCUUUCAAGAAUAAAUGUGACUUCGCGACGAUAUUUAAUUGAUGAUAGUACAAAACGUGCAGGGAUCACAUGCGACAAUGAUAUAUAUAUAUAUAUAUUUACUUGAUAUGUUAUUAAUAAGUGGCAGUCCCUUCAUAGAAGCAGGCCAGUUGGUAUCAUAAUCAUUAAUAAUGUACUGAUAUCGCACUUGUAAUUUUAAGUCAUGCUAUUCUGAGAUUUGACAUGUAGCGAUAAGAAACAAAAAGAAUGAUAACAUCAUGACAUUUAUAUAUGACGUCAUUUGAUUGUAUCUCGGCGCUGAAUAAAUUUGUUGUGCCCGCCGUCCUUUCACGAGUAUUCGCAAAAUAUUUAUCUUUGAUUUGUACGUUUUUACGCUAAGACUUCAAUAAUAAUAAAGAAAAAUUAUGAAUAAAAAGA